GUUUCUUUUUUCUUUAAUACAGUGUUUCAAAAACUCAAAAUGGCAGUCGAUGAUGAUGGUGAUAUUCUGCCUGAUCGUGAUGCAGCAAAAGGAUUUUAUGCCAAAUAUGAGCCAAAAGAAGUUUUGGGACGAGGAGGUUGCUCUGUUGUCCGACGCUGCAUUGAAAAGGAAACUGGACAACAGUUUGCAGCCAAAAUUAUUGAUCUGAGUGACUCCUCUGAUGAAGGAGUAUAUGAAGCAACUAUUCGGGAAAUAGAAGUAUUGCGCAUGGUAGCUGGGCAUCCGUAUAUUAUUGAACUUCACGAUGUCUUUGAAUCAUCAACGUUCAUAUUUUUAGUGUUUGAACUUUGUGAACAUGGAGAAUUAUUUGACCACCUCACAACAGUAGUUACCCUCUCUGAAAAGAAAACCAAACUGAUCAUGAGGCAACUGUUUGAGGCACUCGCUCACGUUCAUGGUAAGGGCAUUGUGCAUCGAGACCUUAAGCCUGAAAAUAUCCUUUUAGAUGACAACUACAAUAUCAAGCUCACAGACUUUGGCUUUGCAAAAGUAUUAGUGCCAGGAGAGACACUGACAGAGUUGUGUGGAACGCCGGGCUACCUAGCGCCAGAGUUGCUACGAUGCAAUAUGAUGGAAGGUGCUCCUGGAUAUGCUCACCAAGUUGACUUAUGGGCGUGUGGUGUUAUUAUGUACACACUAUUGGUUGGGUGUCCACCAUUCUGGCACAGAAAACAGAUGGUGAUGCUGCGUAAUAUUAUGGAGGGCAAGUACUCCUUCCAGUCUCCAGAGUGGGAGGAUAUUACUGAUGUUUGUGGUACACCUGGAUACCUUGCACCUGAAGUUCUGCAGUUUGCCAUGUAUGAAGGCUCCCAAGGAUAUACUCAUGCUGUUGACUUGUGAGUCAAACUCAUUUCUUGUCACAUUAUUUACACAGGACACUUAAAAAGGAUUCUUCUGCAUUUGCUUUCACUGAAACUUGUCAUUCGGGCAUGAACACGCUCACAACUCCACUUACUUUCACAAUUUUUAUUUACAACUAUCACUGA